UGAACCCUCAAAUCCCCUCACUACGACUUACAAAAAGGCUCUGUAGCGAGGGAAAAUCGCACCGAUUUGGAGCGUUGGCGAGCUCACGAAAACCGGUUUUUGGCAGGCGGGAAUAUUUCUACAAUCAAAUGUCAUUCUUUCUGCCCGUUUGGCAGCCGUUCGAUAACAUUGUUUACAAACAAAGCCUUUUUUCUUUCGUGCAAAAUUUUAGUUCAAAAACUUUACUUUCCUUUAAAAAUGUUGAAAAUCUUCAUCGUACGAGGCUUUAGCACGGUUGUUAAACGACCCAAAGUGAAGCUUUCGAAGGCAGACGUUAUCAAAAGGUUAAAUUACGAAAAUAAGGCUUUGUUCGGUGCGGUGAUAAAGCCGACUGCAAAGAGGAAAACCAAAACCAAAUCUACCGAGCAGGUCACGCUGCCCAAAACAACCGCUCACCCAGUAGUGGAAAGCGAAUACACUUCGGAGAUUUUCUGGCAAAGCCGUAAUUUUUCGCGCGUUAAAACGCCGAACGGAGAUGGCGGGGAAAAUGAGUCUUACCCGACCGGAUUGGUGAUUCCGUUCACCGACAAGGAAUUGCAAGCGAUCACCAAAUUUCCGCUCGUCCCGAGUGACCGAGGUAUUGUGGAAAGCCAAUGGAAACUGCACGAACAGCACGAGAGCGAUCAGUACAAAUCGCCGUCGGUGAAUCGAAUACUUUCCUCCACGAUGCCGGAAGCAUCGAGACAGGCUUUGAUACGGUGGAAAACGUCCAAAAUCGCUGAGCUCGGCGAGGAAGGGUUUCAACUGCUGCAGAAGGAAAUUUUUGCCCGUGGAAGUACACUGCACGCUACGUUGGAGACGUGGCUGUCGGGAUGCGACCCGUCAGAGGAAGCGAUCGAAAAGACGGGCAUUCUGUGGCGGAGUGUAUCUGGAGCAUUGAAGGACGUUGAGCGACCGGCGAAAUUGAUCGAACAGAAACUGUAUCACCCUUACCUGCACUACAACGGUGUGGUGGAUUGCAUUACCUCUAUAAAGGGCCACUAUCAUGUCAUCGAAUGGAAAACGUCGGACAAUCCGAAGACCAGCGUGGGGGCCACCUACGAUGCACCGGUACAAUUGUGUGCGUAUCUCGGGGCACUGCAGGCAAACGGCGAGCAUUGUGAUUCGCGCAUUCAAAAGGGAGCAAUAUUCGUGGCGUACACCAGUGGGAAGCCGGCCAAUGUGCAUAUUCUUGAGCCUAGCGAAAUGCGACGUUAUUGGCUGCAGUGGUUGCAUCGCGUACAGGAGUAUUGGACCCGAUACAGAGAUGGUACACUACCCGAGCCAAUUUAGAGGGGGAAAAUCGUGUGAUUAGAAAUAAAUACAAGAAAUAAAGUUCAGUCGCAAACGUA